UUCGGCGAAGCAGCUAAGAAGAGUAUGUUCUUAAAGGGCCUUCACACUAAGCUGCAGGAGGCUCUUGCUACGAUUGAUGAGAAUCUAUCGUACGAGCAGCUAGUCAAUAAGGCAGUAAGAACGUCCGACAACCUCUACCGGGUAGGUCUCGUUAAACUGCGCGCAACGAGCUCCUGGGUGGUAGAUCGCCCUACUACGACAACCGCUCAACACGAAGCUAGUCUGGACGUUAUGGACUGGGAGCCUUCGAAGGUUAAUCAGGCGCGAGAAGCUAGAGGCAAGCCACGACGACCUCCGCCCGACUGCUAUCGCUGCGGAGAGCUAGGUCAUAUCGCGAAAUACUGUCAAAACGCCACCCAGGUCAAGAAGGCAAGGCCCGCGCCAAGCAACGUUAGACAUAAGCCGCAGGAGGAAGUCGAUCAGGUGCCGAGUAGCGACUCGGAAAAAGAGUAG